CUCCCCCUCACUGACUAGCACAACCAUCCUCUUAUAACACAAAACUGUGAUCUCAGCACCUCCCCCUAGUCUCUCCCAUUUGCGCGUUCUCUUCGGCGACUCUGCCACAGACCUACCUUCGGCGAGCUCCGUCCUACACUUACCACCUGAGCCGUUUCUCCUCCGCGGCGCAGCGUUCUCCCCGUCCCGCCCGCUCCACAUCGCGUUCAAUCACAUCGGAUAUUUAUUCUUACCCACGAAUCCCCUCGCGCUCUCACGAUUUCUUUCUGUGUGCAUUGAUGGUUAUAACCUGACCCCACGGAAAAAAAAGGAUUUGUGUCUCUCGAGCAUGAGAAGGACUGCCGAAUCAUCCGCAAUCCCGCAUCAAAGAUUGGGCUACCAGCAUGACCACUGGGCACAGACGCACAAGCCGAAGUUUUUCGCUAACCAUCUAAAUCACCAGGGACUUCGGAUCCCAGCCAUAUAGAAGAAUACAUUUAAGGUCUCCACAGAAUGGAGCGAGAAUGAGCAGAGAGCGGCUGCAGGAGAAGCAUGAGCUGGCGGUGUAUUGAGGUCUUCUGCUUCCUGUUUGUAUGGGACCAGGUUACAGUGCAGUCUUCCCACCAGGAUCCAGCCGUUGCCGAGCAACAUGUCUCCAAGCAAUUUGAUUGGCUCAUCUCUGACCGCGGGCCUUUCCACCACUCUCGGAGUUACCUCUCCUUCGUGGAAAGAUUCCGCCAAGGAUUUACGACCAGAUAUAAGAUCUAUAGAGAGUUUGCACGCUGGAAGGUGAGGAACACUGCGAUCGAGAGGCGGGACCUGAUCCGGAACCCGGUGCCGCUCAUGCCGGAGUUCCAGCGGAGCGUGCGCAUGCUGGGCCGACGCCCCUCCACCCAGCAGUUCAUCGACACCAUCAUCAAGAAGUACGGCACCCACAUCCUGAUCUCCGGCACGCUGGGAGGAGAGGAGGCCCUGACCAUGUACAUGGAUAAGAGCAAGCUGGACAGGAAGCUGGCCAAUGCCACCCAAAGCGUGGAGGCCCUGCAUCAGCUGGCGUCCUCCUACUUCAUCGACCGGGACGGGACCAUGAGGAAACUGCACGAGAUCCAGAUCUCCACCAACGCCAUUAAGGUGACGGAGACACGCACAGGGCCGCUCGGGUGCAGCAGCUAUGAUAACCUGGACUCUGUGAGUUCCGUUCUCCUGCAGAGCCCGGAGAGCAAGCUGCACCUGCAAGGUCUGCAGGUGAUCUUCCCUGAGUAUCUCCAGGAGAAGUUCGUCCAAUCAGCUCUCAGCUACAUCAUGUGUAACGGCGAGGGCGAGUACGUGUGCCACGACAGCCAGUGCCUAUGCCAGUGCGCCGAGGAGUUCCCACAAUGCAACUGCCCCCUCACCGACAUCCAGAUCAUGGAGAAUACGCUGCUGGGGAUGGCAGAGUCCUGGGCUGCCUCCUACAAGGACUUUGAGAACUCAGAUGAGUUUAAGUCCUUUCUGAGGAGGCUUCCCGCCACUCACUUCCUGCCUGUGAGCAGCAUUCAGCUGCAGUGGGGGAAUGACUGGGACCUGCAGGCCCGUUACCGCCUCCUGCAGAGCUCUCUGGAGACGCAGCGCCUGAAGAUCCAGCGCGCCGCCCGCAAGCUGUUCGGCCUCAGCGUCCGCUGCCACCACAACCCCAACCACCAGCUGCCCCGAGAGAGAUCGGUACUGCAGUGGCUGAACCGGGUCCAGUCCUACCUGUACUGCAAUGAGAACGGGUUCUGGGGCACCUUCCUGGAGAGCCAGCGGACGUGCGUGUGCCACACUGGGGUCACCCUGUGCCAGCGGCCCAUCCCAUGCAUCAUCGGGGGCAACAACAGCUGCGCCAUGUGCAGCCUGGCAAACAUCUCGCAGUGCGGCUCCUGCAACAAGGGCUACAAGCUGUACCGCGGCCGCUGCGAGCCGCAGAACGUGGACUCGGAGCGCAGCGAGCAGUUCGUCAGCUUCGAGACCGACCUGGACUUCCAGGACCUGGAGCUCAAGUACCUGCUGCAGAAGAUGGACUCGCGACUGUACGUGCACACCACCUUCAUCAGCAACGAGAUCCGGCUGGACACCUUCUUCGACCCGCGCUGGAGGAAGAGGAUGUCGCUGACGCUGAAGAGCAACAAGAACCGCAUGGACUACCUGCACAUGGUGAUCGGGCUGUCCAUGAAGAUCUGCCAGAUGCGCAACAGCAGCAUCGACCCCAUGUUCUUCGUCUACGUGAACCCUUUCAGCGGCAGCCACUCGGAGGGCUGGAGCAUGCCCUUCGGGGAGCACGGCUACCCCCGCUGGGAGAGGGUGCGCCUGCAGAACAGCCAGUGCUUCAACUGGACCCUGCUGCUGGGCAACCGCUGGAAGACCUUCUUCGAGACGGUCCACAUCUACCUGCGCAGCCGGGCCAAGGUGCCCACCACCCUGCGCAACGACACGGGGCAGGGGCCCGUCGACCUGUCCGACCCCAACAAGCGGCAGAUCUACAUCAAGAUCUCGGACGUGCAGGUGUUCGGGUACAGCCUGCGCUUCAACGCCGACCUGCUCCGCAGUGCCGUGCAGCAGGUGAACCAGUCCUACACCCAGGGGACGCAGUUCUACUCCUCCUCCUCCGUCAUGCUGCUCCUGCUUGACAUCCGGGACCGGAUCAACCGUCUGGCCCCGCCCGUGGCCCCUGGCAAGCCGCAGCUGGACCUCUUCUCCUGUAUGCUGAAGCACCGGCUCAAGCUCAACAACAGCGAGAUGAUCCGAGUCAACCACGCCCUGGACAUGUACAGCACAGAGAUCCUGAAACAGUCCGACCACCUGACCACCAAACUCUGCUGAGCCCCGCCCUCGACUGCGGCAGAGAGACAAUUAACU